AUCAUCCAUCGCCUUCGAUCUCCGAUCUCUCAUCUCUCUCUGUAACUCCUCCUCAUAUAAAGGAGCUCCAAACCCGCGCAUGGAAAAUCCUCACCGCCCUGCCAUUCUCCUAUGCUCGCCGCGCCCCUCGCGUCCUCCGGAAAUCCUCGCCGCCAGCGGCGAAAAGACCAAACGCCGAAGCGCUCCGAUCGCCGCACUCCCCCCACGACCUUCCUCUUCAGUAUCAUCGCAGAUCGCCCCGCGUGAAUUUCGAGGCCCGAUCGCCGGUCUUUCGGCUCGCCAUGGACUCGGAGUCGGCGGCUGCGCCGGCCGCUCGAGCGCCGCCGUUCAAGCAGCCGUUCGUGAUAGGUGUCGCUGGCGGGACCGCGUCCGGCAAGACGACCGUCUGCAACAUGAUCAUCUCGCAGAUGCAUCACGAGCGUGUUGUUCUCGUGAAUCAGGAUUCUUUCUACCACUCACUGAGUGAUGAGAAACUGCAGAAGGUUCAUGAGUACAAUUUUGACCAUCCGGAUGCAUUCAAUACAGAACUGCUCCUUUCAUGCAUGGAAAAGCUAAAACUUGGACGGGAAGUCAGCAUACCUGGCUAUGAUUUCAAGAGCCAUAGAAGCACUGAAGCAGCAUGCAAGGUCAACCCCUCUGAUGUUAUAAUUUUAGAAGGAAUUCUUGUCCUUCAUGAUCCUCGAGUUCGUGAUCUCAUGAACAUGAAGAUCUUUGUCGACACAGGUCUCUUAUGGUCCUUGUCUCUGUGUCAUUCUUACAGUAGAAUUCUGAUAUACGACUUGCGCGGAGGAUUCAACGGGAUACCAUUGAAAGAGGCAGGGACAUUCAAGGUGUGCUUGAACAAGUUUGUGAAGCCUAGUUUCGAUGAAUUCAUAUUGCCAUCAAAAAAGUUUGCCGAUGUCAUCAUCCCUAGAGGAGGAGAUAAUGAUGUUGCGAUCGACUUGAUAGUUCAACAUAUUCAUACGAAGCUUGGCCAGCACGAUCUAUGCAAAAUAUACGCUAAUUUAUUUGUGAUUACUUCUACCUUUCAGAUACGGGGUAUGCACACACUUAUACGCGAUGUCAGGACAACAAAACAUGACUUUGUCUUCUAUGCUGAUCGUCUUAUUCGCAUGGUGGUGGAGCACGGACUUGGCCAUCUCCCCUUUUCUGAAAAACAGAUAACUACUCCAACAGGAUCCGUAUACACUGGAGUUGUUUUCCACAGAAGGUUGUGUGGAGUCUCGAUCAUCAGAAGCGGCGAAAGCAUGGAGAAUGCAUUAAGGGCCUGCUGUAAGGGAAUCAAAAUUGGCAAAAUACUCAUUCAUGGAGAGGGUAAUAGCGGCAGGCAGCUGAUCUAUGAAAAGCUACCCGCAGACAUCUCAAGCCGUCACGUGUUCUUACUUGAUCCCGUACUUGCUUCAGGGAACUCUGCGGUCAAGGCCAUAACUCUACUUCUCAGCAAGGGUGUAGCAGAGGCUAAUAUCAUUUUCCUUAAUCUCAUAGCAGCACCUCAAGGUAUACAUGCGGUGUGCAAAAGAUUUCCGAAGAUGAAGAUUGUGACUUCAGAGAUUGAUGCAUCUCUGGAUGAGAAUGCGCGUGUGAUUCCAGGCAUGGGGGAGUUUGGGGAUCGCUACUUUGGAACAGAUUAAAAUCACAACAAAGAGGCACUGAUCCAAGCACCUUUAAAAGCGAACAAGCAGUGAGGAAAAUCACCAAGAUAUACCAUAUUUCACAGCCAUUCUUUAAAUAUCAAUGUCCAAAAUCAGAUGGUGCUAAAGUAUUACUUGUAGAAUUACUAAAGAAAAACAUGGUUUCAUAUGAUAAAUAUAAAUUAUGUUCUGCUCGGCA